CCGGAUGCAAACCUAUUUAUAUUCUCUCCUUAAUUCCCCACCUCUCUCGUCCGCCUCCUCCUCCGCACCCCCUCCUCCCCCGACGCCUCCCCCUCGCCUCCGUCCACCAAAACCCUAGCCAUCUCCGCCGUCGCCGCCAUGGCGAGCAGCAACGUCUCCAACGUCUACAUCUCCGUCAUCGACGACGUCAUCGCCAAGGUCCGUGAGGAUUUCAUCACCUAUGGGGUCGGCGAUGCCGUACUGAACGAGCUCCAGGCCCUCUGGGAGAUGAAGAUGCUGCACUGCGGCGCAAUCUCGGGUAGCAUCGACCGCUCCAAGGCGGCCGCCGCGUCCGCCGGAGGCGCCGCUGGCACGACCCCGCCCGUGCACGACCUCAACGUGCCCUACGAGGCCACAUCCGAGGAAUACGCCACCCCAACUGCCGACAUGCUGUUCCCGCCGACGCCGCUGCAGACCCCGAUCCAGACUCCGUUGCCAGGGACGGAUACAGGGAUGUACAACAUACCCACGGGCCCUUCGGACUAUGCCCCAUCACCCAUUAGCGAUGUGAGGAAUGGGAUGGUGAUGAAUGGAGUGGAGCCAAAGACUGGCCGCCCAAGCCCCUACAUGCCACCACCUUCCCCUUGGAUGAAUCAGAGGCCGCUGGGUGUUGAUGUGAAUGUUGCUUACGUGGAGAGCCGUGAGGAUCCUGACAGGGGAGUGCAGCCUCAGCCACUGACUCAGGAUUUCCUGAUGAUGUCUUCUGGAAAGCGCAAGAGGGAUGAGUACCCUGGUCAGCUCCCUUCUGGUUCUUUUGUACCGCAACAAGAUGGAAGUGCUGAUCAUCUAGUAGAAUUUGUUGUGUCAAAGGAGAAUGCACACCAACUUUGGAGUUCCAUCAUCAACAAGCAAGAAACAUCUUCUAAGACAUCUUCCAUCAAAGAAAGGACAGCUGCUACAGUUAUUCCACAAAGUGAUGGGAUUCAAGAUGACUAUAACGAUCAAUUUUUCUUCCCAGGAGUCCCGAGUGAAGAUUAUAAUACCCCUGCAGAAUCUACGGAGUAUCGAGCUCCCACGCCAGCUGUUGGAACACCAAAACCAAGAAAUGAUGCAGGGGAUGAUGAUGAACCUCCUCUUAAUGAAGAUGACGACGACGAUGACGAGUUAGAUGACCUUGAGCAAGGGGAGGAUGAACCUAACACACAGCAUCUUGUACUUGCACAAUUUGACAAAGUAACAAGGACCAAGAAUCGUUGGAAGUGCACUUUGAAGGAUGGAAUCAUGCAUUUGAAUGGCAGAGAUGUUCUAUUUAACAAGGCGACAGGAGAGUUUGAAUUUUGAAUUUUGUGAUGAAGAGGAGCUAUUUUAGAAGCUGCUGUACGGACAUACCUUUGUCUUUGACAUAAGAAGGGGAGGUGACAAAGUGUUCUGGUGUGGGGUCCAGGCAGUAUGACUCUGUCGUGUUUUCCUGUUGAGGCAUUGCUUCACCCAGUUGGUCUGUCGCCGCAACUGUUUUCGCUGUAAAGAUGGUACUGUUGGGACUGCUGUAGACAUUUUCCUGGGAUGGUCUCUUAAAGCUGGUGCGGAACUAUCUUAUCUGAUUUAUGCUAGAUAUUGUUCCUGUAAGACUGUUGAGCCGCUCGAGCACGUAAAGCUCUCCUUGCGCUCGUGUA